AUGUCUAGCAAACCCUUUAGUAUCGCUUAUUUGAUCGGUGAUACCAUACGUGACAAUCACUGUAAUCAAAACUGUAAAGAUUUCAAGACUGAUUCUGAACCUAAAAUAGUCUCACUACCUGCUACAUUCUCGGCCAGUAAUACCAAUAAUUGUAUUGCUAAUAAUUUUAUUGCCAAUGAUGAUGUUUAUGAUGACGAAGUAUCAGAAGAUGCUUGUCAAUCAGUUAUUAUCAAAGAUUAUCAUGAAGCACUGCAAAAUGUUUCUGUACGUUUAGAAGGUUCAACAUUAUGGAACAGGUUUCAUGCAUAUGGUACUGAGAUGAUUGUGACAAAAACUGGAAGACGGAUGUUUCCAACGCUGCAAGUAUCUGUUUCCGGUCUACAACCUUCCAUGCGUUAUUCGUUGAUGGUUGAUCUGACUUGUAUCGAUAAUAAAAGAUACCGUUACGCUUUUCAUCAAUCUAAAUGGAUCGUUGCAGGACCGGGAGAAGCAGAACUGCCAUGUCGAGUUCACGUGCAUUGUGAAUCUCCUGCUUCUGGUGAACACUGGAUGCGUCAGACAGUAUCUUUUGACAAAAUCAAAUUAACUAAUAAUCAACUUGAUCAAAACGGCCAUAUUAUUGUGAAUUCGAUGCACCGUUACCAACCAAAUAUUCACAUUGUGGUGCAUGCGGAUGAUGGUCAAGGACGACUAUGUCGGACAUUUUCAUUUUCUAAUACAGCUUUUAUGGCUGUGACUGCUUAUCAAAAUCAUCGGAUAACAGAACUGAAAAUCGAGAGCAAUCCAUUUGCUAAAGGAUUUCGUGAAUGUGAAAUGAACGAUACAUUUCCACUGCUUAUUAAUCCACUAUUUCCACUCUAUACUACACUAUUAACGUCUCAUUUUCGAGCUACAAAUUCCUUUAAUCAAUAA